AUGUCCGCAAGAACCGUGAACGCAGACCCUUACCUCGCCGAUCACUACGUCCGGAACAUCAACACCACGGGGUCUUGGUCCGUAAUCUGGGAGCUCUACUGGCAGAGCUGCGACGACGAGUCGCGGGCUAAUGCCUAUGGAGUCAAGCUCUUCAACCAUUACGAUUCCGCGUCGCGAUACUUCACCAUCGACGAUACCAACCUCCAGAGAAGUCGAUCUUGUCGCGGCGACCGCCAACUCCACCUGUCCCGGGGACUGCAACGGGAUUGGAAUCACCGGGACGGACAUUACGAUGCGAUCGCACCAGGACACCAAUACCGUAGACCGCGACACUUGCGUCGUGGCAACCAAUUCGACGGCGAAUACCACCCGCUACACCCCGGACCCCUGGUCGCGUUGCUAUCGACCCGGAUAGCGCGGCGAGUAUGGCCGCCGCUCACCGUACACAGCUCUGCGAGGGUCUGA